AUGUCUUUCAGCGACGAUCAGUACUAUGACACUCGUCCUGAUGAUGAUGAAAACGAUAUUGAUUCUAACAAUCAAUUUCAUGCUGUAUAUCAAUGUUAUUCACCAGCAUUUGUAGCUGAUCGAGAUGAUAUUAAUAUUGAAAAUGGUGGUAAAAUUCUACUUCCACAAGCAGCAUUAGAACAAUUAAUUGAUCAUACAAGAGUUAUGUUAUUUAAAUUAAAAAAUCCUAAAAAUGAUCGUUUAACACAUUGUGGUGUUUUAGAAUUUUUACAUAGUGAUGAACCAAUUUGUUAUUUACCACAUUGGAUGAUGCAACAUUUAUUAUUAGAUGAAGGUGAUGAAAUAAUUAUUGAAUCUAUGCAUCCAUUACCAUCAGCAAAAUUUGCACGUUUUCAACCUCAAGAAAAAGAUUUUCUUAAUUUAACAAAUCCAAAAGCUGUGUUAGAAAAUCUUCUAAGAAAUUUUAGUUGUUUAACUAAAGGUGAUCUUAUUACAAUAAAUUAUCUUAAUCGUAACUAUAAAUUGUUAGUUUUGGAAUUAAAACCUUCAAAUGUUGUUUCAAUAAUUGAAUGUGAUAUGGAAGUUGAUUUUGCUUUACCUGCUGAUGCAAAAUCUAUUUCAACAACUGUUAAUGAUCAAAAAAUAUAUAUAAAUCCGUCAACAUUAAUAUCAUCUGUUGGUUUAGAAAAUUUUUUAAAUGAUAAAUUAAAACCUAAUGAUAAAUCAGAACAAAAUAAUAUGGAAUUUUUACCAAUACGUGGAAUACCAAAUUAUAAUUAUAAAUAUGGUUUGUUACAAUUUCCUCGUACACCAUUACGAUAUUUAAAUGAUGAUAUAAAUAAUAAGUUAGAAAGAAAAUCUUCGAAUCUAUUUCAACCAUUUACAGGUGAAGGAAAAAUUCUUAGACAACCUCGAAAUCAACAACCUACAUAA